CACCAGCAGGACCCACUCAGGGCUUUAAAGCCCGCAAACACGCUGCUGCCUCUGGCUGCCCGGGGGGCGAUGAGCCCAAGUGCCGCGGGGCGAGCAGCAUGAGGCUCCGGCUGGAGAAACAGCUCCUCUUCCUCUCCCUGCUCUGCAUCCUCUCCAAGGUGUGCGCCCAGCUGUGCCGCCGGCCAUGCUACUGCCCCUGGGUGCCUCCCCGCUGCCCCCGCGGCUCUCCCCUGGUCCUGGAUGGCUGCGGCUGCUGCAAGGUGUGUGCACGGCGCCUGGGAGAGCCCUGCGACUUUCUCCACGUCUGUGACCGCAGCCAGGGGCUCGUCUGCGACUACAGCACGGGCACCGGAGCCACCUGCAACUUUGAAGAUGUGGAGGAGGGCUGCGAGGUGAACGGCCGGGUCUAUCGGGACGGGGAGGUUUUCCAGCCCAGCUGCAAGCUGCAGUGCCGCUGCCUGGACGGGGGCUUCACCUGCGUCCCGCUCUGCCAGGAGGACGUGCGCCUGCCCACCCCGGACUGCCCCCACCCGCGGCGCGUGGACAUUCCGGGCAAGUGCUGCCCCGAGUGGGUCUGCGAGGCUGGAGAGCGGCUCCAGGAUGCCAGGGCAGAGGGGAUGAGGAGGGCGUUUGUGGCCGUGCCCACCCUGGUUGCAGCCCGGAGCCAACGCCUCGCCCCGGCAAAGAGUCUGGCACAAGCCCAUGGCACUGCGGUUUCGGCGGAGAUGGAGGACUUGUCCCUGGGGAAACUGAGGAAGAACUGACAGAUCUUGCCUACAAAGGAGGAUGGAAAUAGGGAACAGGAUCCCUACGCCCACCACGUGCACCCUGUUGCCCCAGGCAGGGUUACUGGGCAGCAUCCCCAAGUUUCUUCAGCUGCAUGAAAUGAGGAAACCUCAUCCCAAGCAUGAACCCACCUGAGAAGCAGGGACUUGGUCCUUUCUUGGGUCGGUGGGGCUUUGGAGAGGGCUGGGUGGUGCUGUUCCUGUGCUGAGCACCACACACACUGCUCUGCUCUGUGGGGGCUGGCAGAGGGAGACCCCCAACGGGACCCCCAGUGCCAGGGCUCGGGCUGUGGGGCUCAGCAACGCGCUCACCCAUCCCACUGCCAGGCAGCCACCAUGUGCAUGGGUGUCAGCAGAGGCAUCCCUGUGGCUGCUCGCAUUCACCUUCCCCACAUCCCUCCAGGAUCAGCAGGACCCUUCCUGCCCCGCCUGCCUCCUCCUCCCCAAAGCCCCGGCGGUUUGGCAGGGCUUUGGCGAGCGAGGAGCUCAGACAGAGGAGGCACCGCUCCGUGGCACCAGACACCACCAAGCACCCAGGCACGUACCCCCAAAGCUGAGGGCCAAAGCAAAGGCAGGAGAAGGGAAAACAAAUCGUGACAACAGGCCAGCGAGCUGCUGAGCAGCUCUGCGUUUGUUUUUCCCCAGCAAUAAGCCUCGUGGGGGCCAUGCAGAAACACAGCCCAAAUGCCCUCUAAUGGCCUCGUAGAAGCGAGCGGAGGCAUCGCACGGCCCACGGCCAGGAAGCAGUGGUCUAGGCUGUGUGUCCAGGCGAGGGAUGCACGAUUUGGGUGUGUAUCCAUGGAAUUAAAGCGUUGAAACCUCUGUGGCAGCGUGUCGGCCUGGAUUAAAUAGGUCCCUGGGCCAGCAGCAGGAAAAAACAGCAGGGCUGAGCAGCUGCUUGCCCGCUCCCCUGGUCCCUGAAGGUGCUGAAAAUAAAUGUCAAUGACACUUUCAGCCACCACUUUGAGGAAAAAAAA